AUGCUCCACCUGCUCUUACUUAACCAUUUCCUGUUUACCGCCUGCCUUCUGCAGCCUCCAAGCUCCCGGGCAGCAGCCAGCAGCCCAGAGCUCCCCGGAUGGGAGCCUGACUGCCUGGACACGCUGGAUGGCUGCUCUCUGGGGGACGACGUGGACAGGACAGGGCACAGUGUGUCCUGCGAGCCAGGGUCAGAUGUGUGUGCUCAGCCUCAGCUCCACCUGUGUGCCACACCUGCUCUGUGUCCCAGUUUAUCCGUAAAAUGA